UACCCGUAUCCCUGCAAUUUAGUAUUAACAAAUGUUAACCUUUUGCGUAUUUGGUUCAGAUAUUUUAAAAGUUGAAAUAAACAUUACAGAUAAGGGUUGUAAAGUUCCACUCAAAUCUUUCUCAAUUUCCACUUUCAGAGGUAACCACUACCUUGAAUUUAGUGUCUCUCUUUCCAGUCCAUAUUUUUAGACUCCUACUAAUUAUGUAUACAGUCACAAACAUAUAUAAUAUUUUCUAUUUAUGCAAACCAAAUUGUACUGCAUGUGUAUGUCUGCCGUUUGCAUUUGGAAGCUGUUCAUAUUGUUACAUCUUUGAUUCAUUUUUAAAAAUUGCUGUUUAUCAUUUGUAUCCACUCUACACUGUAUCCAUUCUACUUGUGACCUCUGAGUUUUCAGUUUUUCCCAUUAUCAGCAGUGAGAUUAUGAACAUCUUUGCACAUGUCUUGUUAUGCAGGAGAGUUUUUUUGCAGCAGAAAUUCUCAGCCUCAGCACUACUGACAUUUUGGACUGGGUAAUUCUUUGUUGUGGGGGAGUAUCCUAUGAAUUUAAGGCUGUUAAGCAUUGUCCUCGGCCUCUACUCAUCAGACACCAAUAGCACCUUCCUAGCUGUGACAACCAAAAAUGCUUCCUACCAAAUGUCCCCUGACCAGCAUAAUCACAAUUAGUUAAGAACUAUUACUGUAGGUGUAUGUGUGCAGAAGUGGAACUACCAGAUUGUUCUGAUUCAAAUGUAAGUCUUUAAGAUAGUCUCAUUGAUUAUGGAUCUAGGCAGAAUUUUUUCCUACUGUAGCUUCUGGUGUAAGGGCCCUUGACCUAGGCCAGACCUGGGUCUUUAGUACCAGGACAUGGUAGAGAGAAAACAUGGUAAAAGAAAAAACCCACUUCAGUCUGAGAAUGGAUUGGAGGCUAUUGUAUGGAUGUCUGUAUAUACUUAACCUCCCAGUCAGCCCUGGACCUCUUUCCUUGACAGAUUUUUCUGGACUUGGACAUCUGUCUUUUAAAGUGGAGCACGUGAGGGUGCCUGGGUGGCUCAGUUAAGUGUUUCCCUUUGGCUCAGGCUCAGGUGUGAUCCCCAAAUUGAGCCUCACAUCUGGCUCCUGCUCAGGGGAGCCUGCUUCUCCCUCUUUCUCUGCCCUUCACCCUCCCUUCAUGCUCUCUCUCUCUCUCUCCCCCUCCCUCUCAUGCUCUGUCUCCCUCUCAAAUAAAUCAAUAAAAUCUUUAAAAAAAAUGAAAUGGAGCAUGUGAAGGAGGGACAGGGCAUAGAGAAUUUUAAUGUCCUGAUAUAAUGCUUAGAACAUAGGAUGCCCUCAAUAAAUGGUUUUUAAGUUAAUCCUUGGUAGGAAUGAAGAUGGGGUUAAGGUCAAAGGCAGUUGACCUCUCUCAUUCUCUUUGACCUUGAAUUAAAUCCCUAAGUUCAACACUACUAUGGGGAGAUGGUGAAGGGAUAGGAAUAUUUUGUAAUGAAUCCAAAACUGGAAAUGUCACUCUAACCUUCUCUUCUGGUAGGAAUCAACAGUAGCCUCCCAUGAAGAACUGCCUUUUCUACUUGCUGCUGGAUUUAAUGGUGUUUCCUGCUGGCAGAAUCAGGGACAUGCCAGCACUAGCGGGAUGAGUGGGUACUCCGGCGGGGAUGUGGUCAUUGCCGGCCAGUGAGGGUGAGAGUGCCACAGCCCACUUCUUCCUUGGAGCUGGAGAUGAGGGGCUGGGCACCCGUGGAAUAGGCAUGAGGACAGAAGAGAGUGACAACGAGCUCCUUGAGGAUGAGGAGGAUGAAGUGCCUCCUGAACCUCAGAUCAUUGUUGGCAUCUGUGCCAUGACCAAGAAAUCCAAGUCCAAGCCAAUGACCCAAAUCCUAGAGCGACUCUGCAGAUUUGACUACCUAACGGUUAUCAUUCUGGGAGAAGAUGUGAUCCUCAACGAGCCUGUGGAAAACUGGCCAUCUUGCCACUGCCUCAUCUCUUUCCACUCCAAAGGAUUUCCUCUGGACAAAGCUGUUGCUUACUCCAAGCUUCGAAACCCAUUUCUUAUCAAUGACCUGGCUAUGCAGUAUUACAUCCAGGAUAGGAGGGAGGUGUACCGGAUCCUGCAGGAGGAGGGUAUUGAUCUGCCUCGAUAUGCUGUGCUCAACCGUGACCCCGCCCGGCCUGAAGAGUGCAACCUGAUAGAGGGUGAAGACCAGGUAGAGGUAAAUGGAGCUGUCUUUCCCAAGCCCUUUGUGGAGAAGCCAGUGAGUGCAGAGGACCAUAAUGUUUACAUCUACUACCCCAGUUCAGCUGGAGGAGGAAGUCAGCGCCUCUUCCGUAAGAUUGGCAGCCGAAGCAGCGUUUACUCUCCUGAGAGCAGUGUCCGAAAGACAGGAUCAUACAUCUAUGAGGAGUUUAUGCCAACAGAUGGCACAGAUGUCAAGGUAUAUACAGUGGGGCCUGAUUAUGCCCAUGCUGAAGCCAGAAAAUCUCCAGCUCUGGAUGGGAAGGUCGAACGAGACAGUGAAGGGAAAGAGAUUCGAUAUCCAGUCAUGCUGACCGCCAUGGAAAAGCUGGUGGCCAGGAAAGUCUGCGUAGCUUUUAAGCAAACAGUUUGUGGUUUUGACCUUCUUCGUGCCAAUGGUCACUCCUUUGUGUGUGAUGUCAAUGGCUUCAGUUUUGUCAAGAAUUCGAUGAAAUACUAUGAUGACUGUGCCAAGAUUCUAGGGAACACCAUUAUGCGGGAGCUUGCUCCGCAGUUUCAGAUCCCAUGGUCUAUCCCCACAGAGGCUGAAGACAUUCCCAUCGUCCCUACCACAUCUGGCACUAUGAUGGAACUUCGUUGUGUCAUUGCAAUUAUCCGUCAUGGGGAUCGUACCCCCAAGCAGAAAAUGAAGAUGGAGGUGACACAUCCAAGGUUCUUCAGUCUAUUUGAAAAACAUGGUGGCUACAAGACGGGUAAAUUAAAACUGAAGCGGCCUGAGCAACUACAGGAGGUGCUGGACAUCACAAGGCUGUUAUUGGCUGAAUUGGAGAAAGAACCAGGUGGUGAAAUCGAGGAGAAGACUGGAAAACUAGAGCAGCUGAAGUCUGUGCUGGAGAUGUAUGGUCAUUUCUCAGGCAUCAACCGGAAGGUACAGUUGACUUACUACCCUCAUGGAGUAAAGGCUACUAAUGAGGGACAAGAUCCACAGCGGGAGGCCCUGGCCCCAUCUCUGUUGCUGGUACUGAAGUGGGGUGGAGAACUGACUCCUGCUGGCCGUGUUCAGGCUGAGGAGCUUGGGCGAGCUUUUCGCUGCAUGUACCCUGGAGGACAGGGUGACUAUGCUGGCUUCCCUGGUUGUGGGCUGCUUCGUCUCCAUAGCACUUUCCGCCAUGAUCUCAAGAUUUAUGCCUCUGAUGAAGGCCGUGUCCAGAUGACUGCUGCUGCCUUUGCCAAGGGCCUUCUGGCUCUAGAAGGAGAGCUAACACCUAUUUUGGUACAAAUGGUGAAGAGUGCCAACAUGAAUGGGCUCCUGGAUAGUGAUGGCGAUUCCUUGAGCAGUUGCCAGCAUCGAGUGAAGGCUCGACUACACCAUAUUCUGCAGCAGGAUGCACCUUUUGGUCCUGAGGAUUAUGAUCAGCUAGCUCCCACUGGAAGCACUUCCCUCCUAAACUCCAUGGCUGUCAUCCAGAAUCCUGUGAAAGUCUGUGAUCAGGUAUUUGCCCUGAUUGAAAACCUCACUCAUCAGAUCCGGGAACGGAUGCAGGACCCCAAGUCUGUAGACCUGCAACUCUACCAUAGUGAGACACUAGAGCUCAUGCUACAGCGUUGGAGCAAACUAGAGCGUGACUUUCGACAGAAGAGUGGGCGCUAUGAUAUCAGUAAGAUCCCUGAUAUCUAUGACUGUGUCAAGUAUGAUGUGCAGCACAAUGGGAGUCUGGGACUUCAAGGCACAGCAGAGUUGCUACGUCUCUCUAAAGCAUUGGCUGAUGUGGUCAUUCCCCAGGAGUACGGGAUCAGUCGGGAGGAGAAACUGGAAAUUGCUGUGGGCUUCUGUCUUCCACUGUUGCGGAAAAUACUACUUGACCUGCAGAGAACCCACGAGGAUGAGUCUGUCAACAAGCUGCAUCCCCUGUACUCCCGAGGGGUGCUCUCCCCAGGCCGCCAUGUUCGAACACGUCUCUAUUUCACCAGUGAAAGCCAUGUCCACUCCCUACUCAGUGUCUUCCGUUAUGGGGGACUUCUUGAUGAGACCCAGGAUGCACAAUGGCAGAGAGCUUUGGCUUAUCUCAGUGCCAUUUCAGAGCUCAACUAUAUGACCCAGAUUGUCAUCAUGCUUUAUGAGGACAACACACGGGAUCCCUUAUCAGAGGAGCGGUUCCAUGUGGAGCUACACUUUAGCCCUGGAGUGAAAGGUGUUGAGGAAGAAGGCAGUGCCCCAACUGGCUGUGGAUUCCGUCCAGCUUCUUCUGAGAAUGAAGAGAUGAAAACAGACCAAGGCAGCAUGGAGAACCUGUGCCCAGGGAAGGCAUCAGAUGAACCAGACCGGGCAUUGCAGACUUCACCCCAGCCCCUUGAGGGCCCUGGCCUCCCAAAGAGAUCACCCCUCAUUCGUAACCGGAAAGCUGGUUCCAUGGAGGUGCUUUCUGAGACUUCAUCCUCAAGGCCUGGUGGCUACCGGCUCUUUUCAUCUGCACGGCCACCAACAGAGAUGAAGCAGAGUGGCCUAGGCUCUCAGUGCACAGGGCUGUUCAGCACCACAGUGCUGGGUGGCUCUUCCAGCGCCCCGAAUCUUCAGGACUACGCCCGCAGCCAUGGCAAAAAGCUACCACCUGCCAGUCUGAAGCACCGAGAUGAGCUCUUGUUUGUCCCGGCCGUAAAACGAUUUUCUGUGUCGUUUGCAAAGCAUCCGACUAACGAGCUGCUGGAUGACCAGCACCCUGUGGUCCGGUUGCUGCGCAGUUUUUCCUCUGACUGUCCAGGGGGCCGGCCAGUCUCCUUGGAUGCCACGCUGGCGCAUCACCUGCACCAGUGCUCCUACCACCUGCGCCUCUUCCGGAACUGGCUGCGCUCAGGCCAGGAUGACCCCGAGUGCCUCUACGGAUUUGAAGGAUGUUCCAUGGUGCCUACCAUUUACCCCCUGGAAACACUGCAUAAUGCCCUUUCCCUGCGUCAAGUGAGUGAAUUCCUAAGUAGAGUCUGCCAGCGCCAUACUGAUGCCCAAGCACAGGCAUCUGCAGCCCUCUUUGACUCUAUGCACAGCAACCAAGCCUCAGAUAGCCCAUUUUCCCCACCCCGUACUCUUCAUUCACCUACCCUACAACUUCGGCAGCGCUCUGAGAAGCCCCCUUGGUAUAGCAGUGGCCCUUCCAGCACUGUGUCCAGUGCUGGUCCUUCCUCCCCUACUGCAGUGGAUGGUAACUGUCCUUUUGGCUUUAGUGAUCAACCUUCUGUAAGUUCACACAUGAUUGAAGAACAUCAAGGCCUUGGGAUGCUCCCCAGGAAUGGAGAACAAGAGUUCCCCAUUGAAGGGGUGCAAGAGCCUUUUGAACCAAGCCAAUCUUCACAGGAACCACUUGUGGAAACCAGCCAGCCAUGCCAGGAGGUUGUUGAGGAGAUCAGCCAGACAUGCCAGGAGGUCCCUGACAUCAGCCAGCCAUGCCAGGACAUCCCUGAAGAGGUCAGCCAGCCUUGUCAAGAGGUCCCUGACAUUGGCCAACCAUGCCAGGAGAACCAUGACAGCAUUGACCAGAUAUGCCAGGAGGUCCCUCAGAUCCACCAGCCAUGCCAAAAGGCAAGCCAACUGUGCCAGAAAAUGUCUGAGGAUGCUUGCCAGCUUUGCCAGAAGAACCCUGAGAAGGUCAGCCAGCCAUCCCUGGAUGUCCCCGUGGAGGUUGGCAGGCUGGCCCAUGGGUUCCCUGUAGGGGUUCAUGACUUGGUCCAGGAAAUCCAUGUGGAAGUUGGCAGGCCAGCCCAAGAGACCCCUGAGGAGUUCAGCCAGCCAUGCCAGGAAUUCUUUGUAGAGGUUGGCAGGCUGGCCCAAGAGGCUUCUGCAAUCAAUCUAUUGUCUCAGGACAUUCCUGAGGUUGAUAAACCAUCCCAAGAGUUCCCUGGGGAGGAUGAUCUGCAGGUCCAGGAAGUCCCUGAGAUUAAUCAGCAGUCCUGGGUGGUCCCUGAGGUUAUUGACCAGCUGCCUGGAGAGGAUAUUCCCCAAGCCCAGUAUCUAUCUAGUGAUCCAAACCCUCAGAGCCAGUCUUUGGCCCAUGACCAGUACUCACCCCUCCCACCAGCAACAUGUGAUUAAUCAUGUUCUCAUUAGUGGUAAAACACUAUACCAGCUAUUUGAGCUAGCAACUUUUUCUGUUGGCUAACUCACCUGCCAUUGUAAGACCUUGGAUCUCACCAGAGGUGUCUGAGGAAGCAGUCCUCUUGGCAUGAAGCCAAGAACUGUGCCAGAGCUGGGCUUGGGAAGGAGCCAAUUUUGUGUUCAAAGCAGCCAUUGACUCCUCACAUGGCCAUUAGAUUUGAAUAGGAUUUCCAUCAAGGGGUAGGCAGAUCUCUCAUUACUCAUCCUCCUCUGAGUAUCCCAGGAAAUUCCAGAUUGUUGAAGGAAAUGCCACUUAACUGCUGAAGACACCAUCUGGGGACAGCAAGUACAAAAGGGGCCUCCAAGAUCUUCACUUUUCUGGGGUAAUAUUCACAACUUCACAAGGUACCCUUAGACCGUAUGUGCAUUCAGGAGAACUCUUGUCUUUUCUUGUCUUUGCUAGCACUCCUCAGGUGGGCCCAGGAUGUCUGUCUGAAAUGUCUGAGAAAAAAGAGUCCCCUUCCCAAACAAACAUCCAUUGUGGCCACUAAUCUAAUCUUUAGAUUGGGCUUGUGGGUGUUUUAUAGAUCAUCCCAGGUACCCCCUCUGCUCCAGUCCUGUUCCUCUGGGCAAUAGCUCCAGGGUAAAAAUAUAUAUUAGACUGCUGUGAAAAUUUAAGAGUAACUACUUAAAAUGCUCUGGGAGUUCUUGGCCAAUCUGUGAAGCUGGACCUCUUUUUGUUGUGGGGCUACUUGGCUUAAGAGAUGAUGUAGUAGAGAAAAUCAGGUUGUAUUUUAAGCAAUCAGCAGAGAUCAAUAUUGUAUAGACAUGAGGAAAGAUUAUAUAUAUUUCUGUAGUAGUGCCAGGGACAGACUGGCCAAAGACCAAACACUCCAGGGUCCCCAGAAAGUUUGUCCUUUUAUCAUUGUGUCUUUAGGGUCAGGUGUGAUUAUGAAGCUUUUCCCAAAGAUAUGGGGAUGGGAAUGGGCAUGAGUAGCAGGAGUAAUGCAGUCACUGGAGUGGGGUGGCCAGAACAUUAUGAGUGCUCAAUAAAUAUGAAAUAAUAAGAAUGGUGAUGGUGGUGAUGAUGUUCUUGUGAAUUCAAGAAUUCACUAUAAAUCUAUAAAUCCAUCACGUCUAUGACUGAAUUGAUCUAAACCUGUCAAAAGCUGCUGUAGUUGAAUGAGAAGGGAUUAUAAAAUAAAGAGAUCAGGCAUCCUAGGAGGUCCCUAUGGCAGUCAGCCCACCAUCCCAAAAUGUCUUCAAUGAGUAGUGUUAGGGAGAGACUUUCUCUGUGAAGCACCAGUUGGAUACUUGCUUUCUCACCAGAUCCUUGGAAUCACGCUCUUAAUUUUUCACUCUGAUGCUUUAGAGUAAUUGGCAGGAGGAGCUGAUAUAGAGGGGUUAUGGUCUUUCUUUACCUCAUUGACAUAUUUAAAUCUGGAAAGCCCAGAACCCUGGGAGGGCUGGAAUAUCCCCUUCCCCAUAUAUUUACAUUCACAACUUGGCCUCUCUUGAUAUACCCAGGACUAUAAAGGGUUUCCCUGCAGGGCAAAAUCCAGCAUUUACUCAGUGGAAGUCCUAACUGCACUGGUGAGUGCUCUUUACAACCUAAACAGGCUCUGGAUCUCUUAGGGCUUCUCAACUCUUUGCCUCUUUGGUGUUCCCUUAUCCAGGGUAUCUAAUGCUGGUUGUUCAGUCCACAGCUCUUGACCCCAAAGUAUGCUGAUUCUCUUCCCAGAACCCCUGCCCCUCUUCCCUCCCCCAAACCAAAUGUAUCUCCCCACUCUAGGUCCCUCUUCCUCAUACUCCAGUGUUCUCAUUUUCAGAAAUUAUGCUGGCUCCCCAUAUCUUUUUCUCCCUUCAUCCAUCCUGUUUUUUGGCUUCCCUAGGUCCUGGAGUUGCUUCCAGUUUUCAAAGACAUUGAGAUAAAUGACAAUGCUGGGA